AUGGUCAACUUCCGCUCCAUCUCGGCCGCACUGGCCCUUGCCUCUGUGGCAUCUACUCAUCCGGGUGAAGAGCACACGCCCGAGCAGAUCAAGCGCGAGGUAGCAGCCCGAGGACAGGCCCACCAAAAGAUGACCCGGGCCCUCAACAGCUGCUCGUCGUCUUCGGCGUUCCGAGCCCGACAGGAGCGGGCCAUGGCUCGACGUGCCGAUGCCGCCCGGGCUCUUCGACAGAAGCGGGACAUCUCGCACAAGCCAGUGACCCUCGGCAAGCGUGACGAUGCUGCCCUGGCACAAUGGGCGGCUGUGGAUCACAGCGUGGACGCUGGUUACACGCUGGACACGCCUCUGGACACUCUCUUCACUGGCAACGCCACCUGCGCCCUUGUCGAGGAGACCACCAUUGGACCCUACUUUGUGGCCGGCGAACUCAUCCGCUCCGACGUGACUGAAGGCCAGGAGGGCGUGCCUCUGCACCUCGACAUCCAGUUCGUCGACGUGGCCGACUGCUCGGCGGUGCCGGAGCUCGUCGUCGACAUUUGGCACUGCAACGCCACGGGCGUCUACUCGGGCGUCUCGUCCGAGGGCCAGGGCGGCCUCAACAGCACCUUUGCCCGCGGCGCCCAAAUCACCGACGACGACGGCGUCACCGAGUUCGACACCGUGUUCCCGGGCCACUACACGGGCCGCGUGACGCACAUUCACAUUCUCGGCACCAAGGACGCAAAGGUGCUCUCCAACGAGACGUACGAGGGCGGCGUCGCCACGCACAUUGGCCAGCUCUUUUUCGACCCGGACCUGGUCACCAGCGUCGAGGCCCUCGCGCCGUACACGACCAACAGCCAGAGCUUUACCGACAUUCUCGACGACAGCAUCGCCGCCGGCGAGGCCACGAGCGACUAUGACAUUUUUGUCGACUACGCCCUGCUCGGCAACCAGCCUUCCGACGGCAUCCUUGCCUGGAUCACCGUCGGCAUCGACUCGAGCGCCAACCACACGGACCAGGCUACCCCCGCGGCGCACUACUACGAGGGCGGUGGUGUCGACACGGGCUUGAGCCUGGGAGGCGGCCCGCCGCCCGGCGCCAACGGCACGUUCCCCGGCGGUGGCAACAGUACGGCCACGGCGAGUGCUGGUGAGACCUCGACCGUGUUGAGCACCAGUACAUCUACCGCCGAAGCCACAACCACUUCGUCCGGCUCGGCUACAAGCAGCACUGCUACUUCGGGUGCGUCGAGGCGUCUGGCCGCACCAUUCCGCUUCUUUUGA